AUGACGGCAUCCGUCACAACUUUUGUUUUUCAUUUUCUCUGUGUUUUUAUUAUUGUCAUUAAAGGGUUCAAGAUACCUACAACUCCUUCCUCAAUUCCUACAAAAUACCAGACCGUGUUUAUUACUGAGUCAGAACAGAAUGGUUUUAACUCCAGAUCACCGAGAUUUUCCUACAGUCUAAAUCAGAAUGAAAAUCCAGGCCCAGGAUCAUAUAAUGUUGGCAAAGGACUAGAUAUCAACAGUGUCUCUUUAUCAACAAAAGGGACUGGAAGCUUUCCUUCACAGGUACGCAGAAGUUCCUUCUCUAAGGUCAGUCGGACCCCAGCACCUAACUCAUACAACAUUAAAGGUGACCUGUUUGCAAAACAGGAUUUUAACAAAAGCAACUCUAGCAUGUUCCAUCAGCCAAUAGCUACAAACGUGGAAGACAUAAAAUAUCAGACACCACCUCCAAAUCAGUACAAUGCAUCUAUAAAUUAUUGUCAACCCAAUAACAAUGUAUCUGCUCAUGCUGCUUUUGUCUCAAGAACAAAGAGAGAGGCUGUACUGUUAAACCCUCUUAAAGGACCUUCACCUUGUCACUAUACAGUCAACGAUUCGCUAACUAAGGAGUCUUCCAAGGUUCUAGUGUCAUGCUUUAAGUCAAAGAGUACUCGGGAUGUUUUGAAUGUGGCCUUGAAUAACCCAGGACCAGCCACCUAUGACCCAUUUGGAUGCCCUGAAAUAGGAAAGAAGACCGUUUUUCCGAGGAAACAUUACCUUUGUUUCUCAGCUCCUGCAGUACCAGUUCUCAAGGCACCAAGUGUUCCAGGUCCUGGAUAUUAUGAGCUUGUGGACUAUGAGGGACCUCCCAAACAAUAUAUUUCCAGCUCUGCAUUUGUAUCCAACACAAGUCGUUGGGCUGGAGAUGCUUCUGGAGAAGAUGUGCCUGGUCCAGCAUCUUACAAUCCUCGGCACCUAGGAAAACAGUCAUUUCUUUACAACAAUGACCAGAAAUGGAUUCCAGCAUAAAAAAGCAAUAAACCAGAAA